AUGAUCUUCCAUUUCCACCCACCACACUUUUGGUCAAUUAUAUCUCCAUCCAAACCCCAAACACUCUUCGAGAGAUUUUCCACCGUGGCUUCAUCCAGCCUCAGCGCUUGGGUCUCGUCCUUAUCCUCCUACUUUGACAUCUUUGCCUCCAACGUCUUACCCACUCGGGUCCAGAGCCUCAUCAACACUCACGUCACACCACUGCUAAAAGUUUCUGCCGCGCAGCCUCCACCUUCCCUUGCUGAUCGGAUCGCUUUGUUGCUGACCGACCAUUCUACCGUCUCCUACACCACGCUUGUCGCGGCUUUACUCGCCCUCAUCUACUUCCUCUAUUCCAUGAGCAGCUACGGUCGGAGUGCUCUCGACACUUGGGGAGGACGCCGAUCACCAUAUACAUCUGCCGCCGGAGAUCGCUCGAUAACAGAUUAUGAUUUCGAGUAUCUAGGUCCAGAACACUUUGAUCGAUCUCGUUCUUACCUUUAUGAUCAUCGCCCCUCUGUUGCCCGUAGUCAUGGCUACGACGAUGGAGAAGGUCCAGAUAUUAUCUUGUUACGGCAUAGGAACACCCAAUACGAGUUGAAUUUCAAACCCUUUGCCAUUAGCGAUGGCAUACUCCUAGUCGGAGACAUCAGAAAAUUUGCGGCCGAAGCGCUAGGAGCACCAGAUCCAUCCCGACUUCGACUGCUCUACAAGGGUAAACAGCUGAAAGACGACAAACGCCCGGCCAAGGAAUACGGCCUUAAGCAACAAUCCGAGCUCAUGGUGGUGGUAUCCGAGACACCUCCCAGCAGGCCCAAUAGCGGCUCGGAGACAGAAGAGAGCGGAUCUGCAGUGUCGCACUCCUCUCGGAGAGGCAAAAAUCGAAGCCAUAAACUCAAACCCCAACCGUCAAAAGACAAUCUGGCACCGCCCGUCACGGACAACCGCCCACCAUCGAGAACAGGGUCGAGGAGAGGAUCGCGGCCGCCAUCACCACCUCUCCGUUCUCCACCGUCACAUUCUACCCCUCCGCAAUCACCGCCUCUGCAGUCUCCUAAGUGCGACGUUGCCAGGGGAAAAGUCGACCAGCUUGCUUCCACCUUUCACACGCAAUGGGUACCUAAAUGUGUUCAAUUUCUCUUCCGCCCACCUUCCGACCCAAAAUUGCGAGAUCAAGAGCACAAAAAGCUCACCGAGUCCAUUCUUGCCCAGAUCGUCUUGAAGGCAGACGACAUUGACACAGAGGGCGACGUGCAGGCUCGCAUGGACAGAAAGAAACUGGUGGACGAAAUCAAUGACAUGUUCAAGAAAUUGGAUGCUGCCGCGAAGACUCACGAGGAAUGA